ACCCUGUGUGGGGACUGUGUCCAGCUGCAGGCGGCCUUUGAAGCGCCCAGCGGCGUCAAGGGCGAGAAGGGGGAUGGGGGGAUGCCUGGUGCCCCUGGCAGCGAGAGCUGCGCCCGCUGCUUUGCCCAGUUCCCCAGAGCAGAGGAGGCUCGGGGUGACAGCCCUGACUGCGUGGGUGACCCUGGGCUGCCAGGAACCCCGGGCAUCCCCGGCGAGAGAGGCGAGCAGGGCCCCCCAGGCUUUCCUGGAACGCCUGGCGCACCCGGACUGCCCCCAGCCUCCAUCUCCAUCUUCAUUGUCAUCUCCAUCAUCAUCUCCAUCUUCAUCCUCAUCCUCCUGCUCCUGCCUGUGCUCCCUUCUCGCAGGGUCUCCAGGGGGAACGUGGCCCCACUGGACUUGCUGGAGCCAAAGGGGAGCCGGGACCUCCAGGGCAGCCCGGAUACCCUGGCGCCACCGGGCCCCCCGGACUUCCUAUCAUCCCCUCCCCAGGGCAGCAAAGGUGAACGAGGCUACGUGGGACCCCCUGGGGAGAAGGGGGAACUGGGACCCCCCGGCUUGGACGGCCUCCCCGGUCCCACGGGGCCAGCGGGACCAAGGGGCGAGCGCGGGAUCCCAGGCAGCGCUGGCGAGAAGGGCGACCAGGUGAGCAUCUCUGAAGGGAUGGGGGCCAGCCUGGCUUCCCAGGGCCACCGGUGA